AUGGCAGCUGCUGAAGCAAGUGUAGUUGGCUAUGAUCGAAUGAAGGAAGUGAAAGAGUUUGAUGACUCUAAAAUAGGUGUAAAAGGCCUCUCUGAUUCUGGCAUCACGAUCAUUCCAAAAUUCUUUGUACACCCACCAGAAACUCUUUCCGAUGUUAAGUCCUCCUCUGCACAGAUCGAAAUCCCCGUUAUUGAUCUUGCCAACGUUGGUUCUGAUCAUCACCGGUCUAAGAUCAUUGAACAAAUCCGAGAUGCUGCAAAAAUAUGGGGUUUCUUCCAAGUCAUCAAUCAUGGUGUACAAGUUUCAGUACUGGAAGACACCAUAGCUGCAAUCAAGGCAUUUCACGAGCAGCCAAUGGAGAUAAAGGCAAAACACUACUUACGCGAAGAGGGACGAGGAGUCAUGUAUGCAAGUAACAACGACUUGUUCCGCGCUAAGGCCGCGUGCUGGCAUGACUCCCUGCAAGUGUGGAUGUCACCAGAGCCACCGCAGGUAGAGGAGAUACCCGGGAUUUGUAGGAAAGAAGUGGUGGAAUGGGAUAAGCAUGCAAAGAAGGUAGCUGAUACAGUUAUGGAGCUGCUGUCUCUGGGAUUAGGAUUAGAGGCUGGCAAGUUUAGGGAUUUGACAUUUUCUGAUAGUAGGGUUUUUGUAGGGCAUAUAUAUCCUUAUUGCCCUCAGGCAGAUCUCACAAUGGGUAUCACACCACACACUGAUCCUGGAAUUGUUACAGUUUUGCUGCAGAAUCAGAUCCAGGGGCUGCAGGUAAAACAUGAGAAUCAAUGGGUAGAUGUAAAGCCUGUUCCUGGAGGGUUAAUUGUAAACAUCGGAGAUUUUCUUCAGAUAGUAUCAAAUGGCGAAUACAAAAGUGUACAGCAUCGGGUUUUGGCUAACUCUUCCAUGGAAUCUCGUAUUUCUGUCGUCAUGUUUUUCAAUCUGGCCAAAUGGAGAGAAACCGGGAAGUAUGGACCUCUCCCGGAGUUGUUGACAACGGAAAAAGCGGCUCUAUAUCGGGAUUUUACAGCAGAAGAGUUCCUCCAGAACUUCUACAGCAAAGGGUUGGAUAGCAAAUCUUUCAUAGAGAAAAUCAAACUGUAG